AAGAUUGAAAAUGGAAAGAAAAAGUUUUAAAGAAUACUCAGUUCUCGCUAUGAUGUCAAAAGAAGAGCAGCAACCGAUGAGAGGUUGUUUGGACGAUUCGAUGCGAACCGACAGUGGAACCGAAGUAGACGCACAUUAUUAACUUCGGGAUAACUAUUAUCCUCAAAUCUACCAUGUUCAUUUCACGUGAAUACUCGACAGAUAUGGCAAAUAUCGGACUUUGGCUGUCUUCACGUGAACAUCCGAAGACAUGUGCAACAGUAAUAUUACUGGAUUCGCAAGCGCAAGAAGUGGAUUUAGCUCUACUCGCAGCAGCCUUGUGGCAGCCUUACUCGAUACCGAUCCUGGCUAUAUUCACAAACUAUCACCAAUAAAGAAGGCAAAAUCAGGAAAUGAAUAUUCUACCUUUGACCUUCAAACAUCCAGUUCUAAAUUUACAAAAGUAGUUGGCUUCGAUCGUAAAAAUCAUCAACAGGCACUUCUGUUCCAGAACGCUGGUACACCAAUUCGAGUAAUAAAUGCAAACGAAAAGGAUAACAACAUAUUUGUUAACAACCACUCAACUAUUGUCAAGGCUAAUUCUGGUGAUAUUCACUUUGAAAGCACACAACCAUCAACUAAUGUGCCAAGGAACUCCAGCCUGCCACAUGGUAAUGCUAUUCAAAUCUCACUCAGUCAGGUUAACUCGUUAACCAGAAAUCAGAGAGUGAAUGUUAGAGGAACAAUCACAAUGGGAGAUGCUAAACCAAAAGAAGUAACAAAGAGAAAUGGAAACCCAGGCCUUGUUAAAGAGGACUGUGUCAUUGAGGACCAAACUGGUCAUACAACAAUCCACUUGUGGGAUGACAUGAUUGAAAAGUGCAAAAACUCAAACAGUUAUGAGAUCACAGAUCAAAGUGACACAACAAUCAAAGAAAUCAGCAUGCAUCUCGACAACCCUAAAGGACCACAGCUGGUUACCAAUAUCCAGAAAACAGUAACAAUACAGGAAUUCAUCUUUACAGAUAAAGUGACUGUUUUCAUGACCUGCCAAAUCAACAGUUGUAAAAAGAAGAUGCCAUAUGUAAUUGAAUCUCCUGUCUUCACAUGCCCAAGUUGUGGCACAUGCCAGAAAGUCAAAGGGGCAAAAAAGGGUGCAACUGCUCGGUUAUGUGCUGAGAUCGAAGGCAAACAAGUGUGGCUUACAGCCUUCACUGAUGUGAUGGAGAAUUUACUAGCCAAAGUAAACUUAUCGAUUCAUGACACUUCGGAUAAAAUCAAAGAAGCCCUACUGACAGUGGAAAAUAUAACAUUAGUUAUUGAUUCUGUGUCAAACUUCAUCCUAGAAGUUAAAGAAAAUGAUGCAUGAAUUAUUUGUUUCAGACAAUAUUGUGUUAACUUAUGUUCUCUUUAAUAAGUAUCCUUUAGACAUUCAAAGCAAAAGGAAAUUGUUAUGGUUGACAACCAAAAAAAACAUUCUUAAAUGACAAUGCAAAUAUAACAUUAGUUAUUGAUUCUGUGUAAAGCUUGGAAGUUAAAGAAAAUGAUGCAUGAAUUAUUUACAUUAGCAGAAAAUAUUGUGUUGACUUAUGUUCUGUUGCAUAAGUAUCCUUAAGACACUCAAAGCAAAAGAAAAUUAUUAUGGUUGAUAAGAAAAUAACCACACUAUAAUGGCAAUGGAAAAUAUAACAUCACUUAUUGAUUCUGUAAAACGUCAUCUUCGGAGUUAAAGGAAAUGAUGCAUGAAUUAUUUGCAUUAGAAAACAUUAGUGUUCACUUAUGUUAUGUUGCAUUAGUAUCCUUUAGACAUUCAAAGCAAACGGAUAUAGUUAUGGUUCAUUUAAGAAAAAAAGAACAUCCUAAAAUGACAGUGGAAAAACUGUCUAAAAGUUUAUCUUAAAAGUUAAGAAGUUGAUGCAUGAAUUAUUUGCAUUAGAAGACACUAUUGUGUUGAUUUAUGUUCUCUUGCAUUGCUACAAAUCAGAAAUUAAAGAUAAAAAGAAAUUGUUACGAUUGGUAAGAAACAAAAAUAUUCUACAUUGUAAACGGAAAAUAUAACAUUAAUUUGAGAUCUCUAGUAAAACUUCAUUUUGGAAGUUAAAAUUCUUUUGAUUUCUUUGCUAAAAACAUGUUACUUUUAAAGUAAAGUAAUAGAGUUGAAAUUCUCCAUGAAAAAUUCCUGAGUUUUUGUUCAAAUAAAAAUGUUUUGUUAUGUUUGAUCUAUUGAUGACUCCUCUAAGUUACCCUACAGACACUAAUUUCAUUACUGAAAGCUUUCCCAGUAUCUUUAAGCUCACCAGGCCUUUAAUCCCAGUUCCUCAAUUGAUUUUCAGUCAAAACUGCGCAGUCUCGGUUCUAAAUGUUUACAUAGACACGCAAACGAACAUUUGCUCGCUAAAAUAACAAUUUAGGGAAAAACCUAGUUUUUCCAAAGAUACCUAUACGGAAAUGAAAUAAUACACAGAUUCGUUCUUUUUAAGAUAACUAUAACUACCCAAAGUAAUAAACCCAUUUCAGUACCCAACAAAAGUUUUCUUGGAAAUCCCUCCACUCAAAAGUGUUCUAGCACGCACUUCCUAACCAUUGGUUACUUCUAGUUUAAUAAUUAUUUCAUUUUUUUUUCAAUCAGGAGGUCAGGGUUGUUGGCGUCUGAUGUGAAUGGCCUUCUCAAGUUUCCUUUCGAAGUUCACAGUCUCCUUGUCCAGGAUUUUCGUUUGCUUUACAUUUAAGACCUCAAGAUGAAAAUUAUU